AUGUCACGGCCUAAAUCAACAAUAGUCUUGGAUUGGAACAAUCGAGUCCCUAAGAAGGUCAAUAUAUUGGCCUGGAGAGUGGCUCACGGUCGGAUCCCAACAAGGGCGAACCUCUUGAAGAGAGGAAUUGGAACUAACCCCAUGUGCAUACUAUGCGAGCAAGAAACUGAAACUGAAGAACAUCUUUUUCUCAAUUGCAUAAUCUCUGUUGAGGUCUGGAAUAGUCUCAAAACCUGGUGGCGCACACUCCCAGACUCUCUCUUGUUUUGGAAAAAUGGGACAUCAAACAUCACACUUCAACUCCAGUCAGCUAUAAUGCUAGUCUACAUAUGGAUCAUCUGGAAUUACAGAAACUCGAAGGCCUAUUCAGGAAAAAUAAAAUCUCACAAUGAAGGUGGAGGUGUUGUUGUUGGAAGUGUUGACCAAAUUGCCCCUAUUAACGGGGUGGCGGAAUCACUAAAGCUGUCUACCAGGCUUGAUGCAUACAGAAUGGUGUUAUCAGCUGUGACCUAG